ACCAAGUGCUACUGGGUCUCGGAAAGGAUGAACUCGUGGCACGGGAGCCGGGAGGACUGCGGGGACCGCGGGGCCGCGAUGGCGAUGCCGUGGGACAAGGACGAGCUGGUGAAGGGACCGAGGGGACAGAGGGGCUGGAGGCACCCCAGGGGAGGGCAAAGGGCUUCCCGGAAACCUGGGAUCAGAACCCUCAUUCCCAAAUUCCCCGAGGUGCCCGUGGCAGACCGGGGGGGAGGGACAUGGGUCUGGCUCGGUCCCGGGGUGAGGACGGAGCCUAUUUUGGGGUGACCAUCGACGGCCCGGCAGCGCCACCACUGCCCCUUUCCCCGGGCCAGGAUUCCCUCAACGAGACCCUGAGGAAACCCACGCGCCACUUCUGGAUCGGGCUCUCGGUGCCCGCGCCCGGCACGGGCUGGACGUGGGUGAACGGCUCCCGCCCGGACUGGAGCCGGUUCCCGCAGGACCCCGGGGAGGGUCGCGGAGCCUGCGGGGCGCUCAAGGGGGACAGGAUCGACCCCCGCGCCUGCGACACGGGGCUGCAGUGGAUCUGCCAGACGGAGUCUGCCCGGAUCUGAGGGUCUCCAUCGCACCCAAACCCCACCGUUAAUGCGGGAAAAAAUCCCGAUUCCCGCGGGUUCGGCACCCACCGGCAGCUCCCGGGGCAGGGGCAGAACCGCGGCCGGGGAAA